UCUUCCUGUCGCUUGUUGUAAACACGUGUGUAAGUGAACCACACAACUAAUACAGGAAUAUCUCCAAAACUGUCAAAAUGCCUAAAGUAAAAGCGGAGAAAAGGUCUCGACAGCAUCAGGAGGUCAAAAGCCAAGGUAUUAUGUUCAAUACUGGCAUUGGCCAACACAUCCUGAAAAAUCCUCUGGUUGUCAACGGUAUCAUUGAAAAGGCUGCACUGAGACCGACAGAUGUGGUGCUGGAAGUUGGACCUGGAACUGGUAACAUGACUGUGAAACUCCUGGAAAAGGCAAAAAAGGUUGUAGCCUGUGAGUUGGACACUAGGUUGGUUGCAGAACUUCAGAAGAGAGUACAGUGCACACCAAUGCAGACAAAGCUGCAGAUCUUGAUUGGAGAUGUCCUGAAAACAGAACUGCCCUUUUUUGAUGUCUGUGUUGCCAACUUGCCCUACCAGAUUUCAUCUCCGUUUGUGUUCAAGUUACUGCUUCACCGGCCUUUCUUCAGGUGUGCAGUCCUGAUGUUCCAGAGGGAAUUUGCCAUGCGGCUGGUUGCCAAGCCCGGUGAUAAGUUGUACUGCAGGCUUUCCAUUAACACACAGCUGCUCUCGCGAGUAGAUCAUCUCAUGAAGGUGGGAAAAAAUAACUUCCGUCCACCCCCUAAAGUGGAAUCCAGUGUGGUUAGAAUAGAACCAAAGAAUCCUCCACCUCCAAUUAAUUUCCAGGAGUGGGACGGUUUGGUUAGGAUCGCAUUUGUUAGAAAGAACAAGACACUCAAUGCAGCCUUCAAGUCCACAGCAGUGGAACAGCUUCUGGAGAAGAACUACAGAAUCCACUGUUCCUUGCACAACACUGACAUCCCUCAAGACUUCAGUAUCACAGCCAAAAUUGAAAGCGUUCUCCAAGAGGCAGGAUUCAGUGAAAAACGGGCUCGUUCCAUGGACAUAGAUGAUUUCAUGGUACUUCUCCAUGCCUUCAACUCUGCUGGGAUCCACUUCUCAUAACCCUGGUGGACCAACUGGAUUGUAUCAAAACAGCCCUCAGUGAGGAGAAUAACACAGAGGACUCCUAAACUGAUGGCAACGACCGUGAGCCAAUAGUGGUGCUUCAUCUUAGAGACCAUCUUCAGAUUCUGAACUGACGCUGCUGUGUAAAAUGAACAUUAUAUCAAAACCAGCACACAGAUUUCUAUAGCGUUGCAAAUAUCACAAACUAUGUCAGGGGGAAGAGCGAUAAGACUGUUUUAAUGUGUGUAAAAUAAGCAGUUACAUAAUUUAAUAUGUGUUCCUUGACCCUUGACUAUACAUUUGUUCUAAAUGUCUUUGUAAAUACCUUAACCUAACUAAAAUGUUGAAAUCCCA